AUGAAAAACUUCUGGGGAUGCCAACAAGAGGAAGAAGCUGCAACUAUCAAUCUAUUGAAAUUAAUCAGUCAUCUCAUGUCCGGACAAAGCGGCUAUGGAUCUUUUGAACGUGUCAAUCUAGAAGGAAAGAAUGUUGGUGCAGCAAUGAUCAACCGCCGUGGCACUUCUGGUGAGUCACCCAAUUGUUGUAAUAUAAACAUUUACAUAAACAACAAUAUUCAGGGGGUGAACAACUCGGUUCUGGUUGGUAGUGAGGUAAAAAUGGGAGACCCCGGUGUGUGCUUGUCUCUGAGUGAUGUGAAGCUGGGUAAGGCAUUUCUGGAGCCAAAAAAGAAGAGUUCUAACCUUGGGUUUUAUGGGAUGCUUCUAUUAGUGGCCAUUGCUAUUUUCUUGUUGCGAUCGUUGUUUUAG